UUGCCCACCGUCUGACCAUCUACACCAUGGUGCUGGAAGGCUUCUCCUCCGCCCUCUACGUCGGCUGGGUGUCAGGCGUCCUCCCCCUCAAAUCGCCCAAGGGUCCACCCACACCCUCCCCGAUGAAGAGUGUCCACACCGUGGCCACCUUUCUGGGCUACGUGGUCAUGACCCUGCUCUGGGUCGACUUCCACAUCCGCCACUUGAAAGUCCUCCAGAAAGACAAAGACAACUCUGUCGAAAAGUUCCUCUCUCUCAGCUUAUUCAUUGGAGCGUCCAUUUUCGACCUCUACUUCCGACUCUGCUUCCUCCUCCGGGUCAAAAUUGUGGCCCGUUUUCUCAAAGCGUUGGAGACGGACAUGGUCAAAAUGACGCCAUUUACCCGACUCGUCUCUCCCGAGGGAAGGAGGACAUGGAACAACUACAAAAAUCUCAUCUUCGUCGUGCACACUUAUCACUGCUUGGGCGCCGUGAUAACCUCACUCUGGGUCGCCGCACUGAUCCCGGACGACACAAAAUUGCUAGGUUUCAUCCCAAAGUCAGUCUACCCCAUCAUUUUCUUCCUCUUUGCAGCAGUUCCACUCGUGUCAUCAUUUUUCGUCUCGUUUUCCCUCGUCAUCUGCACCACGAGUCAUAUCGAAUGGGUGUUUGCUGAUUUUUGUAAGUUUUUCGAGGAACAAAUCGACCACCACGAGCAGCAGCUUUUGAAUCCAAUGAAACGAGACUUGGGUGAAAUUUACUCGAUAACGGGGUCCAAAACGAAUAAAAAUGUGGGAUCGAAUGCCGACGUGCUGAAUAAAUUUGAGCAUUUGAAACUUAUCUGUUCUCAAUAUGACAAAAUUUGUGGCCCGUUACUGCUAGGAUUGUUGGUCAGGGCGGUUUUCAUCCUGAUAAGCUCGGCAAACACGAUGCUGCUCUAUGAUGGGGCGCACGGUGCGGAACAUAAGAGGAUCAAGCUUAUCCUCAAUGUGUAUCAUUUUGUGACGGAGAUGAGUCAAUUGGUUUUAUUGCAGUUGGGACACGUCAUGCAAAGCAAGAUUUCCGAUAAGGAAGAAGACCUCCAUCGGAAAGUCAUCCUCAUGAAAAAUCUUGGUCCCCGAGAUCAAAUGAAGGAAGCAAUCGCAAUAAUUUCCGAGUGGAAAUGGUCAAUUUCAGGAGGACCAGGAUUCUUUGAGGUGGAUCGUCCACUUUUAUCAGGGGUGAUUUCCAGUUUGAUGACAUAUGUCACAAUUCUGUUCCAAAUGAAUGUCGGUGCAGACGAAGGUGACUUGAAAAUUGGAGAUGGGACAACGUCACUUGAUGGACAAAACACGACCACAUUUUCCCCCCUGAUCGAAUAA